GAGGGAGCUUCCAUCUUCUCUCUGCUUCUUCAUCCUCUUUUUAAACCAAUUUAGACGUAGACUUGGAUGAGAUUCCGAACCUAAUCCAUGAUUAGCUAAAUGGCGUGAGAAAAGGAAGAGUCUAUAAGAGUUUUGAUGAUAUGGAUAUGCAGAGGAAAGUGUUAUUAUUUUUAUCUUUUUUGUUAUGUUGCAUUUUUGGUCUCUCACAGUAGGCGUUUUGCUGAUGUCUUUCUCACGCGUUUGCAUUUGAGAUCUGAGGCUAAAGGCAACAAUUCUGUUUUUAUUUCAUAACGACUAUUAUGCCUACAUGCGAAAGGGUAGCCAAUUGCUGGAGAAUGGAAGCGCAUGACGGAAUUACGACUAUAUUCUGACACUUUUCCCGAUAAGCAUUUGAACUAAAUAGAGUAGGCUACCCAUUAAUUGGAUUUCAACAUUACAUCCACCUACUCAUCAUCCCAAAAUAAUCGCAACUGAUAUCCACACCAUACGAUAUAAAUGUUUUUGUAAUGGUAAAAGAACAAUCGCUGCUAGUGUCAGUGACAUUUAAACAGGAUAUCCUUAGGUAUUCGCUUUCCAGUGAAUACAAUUUAUCAGUGUGAAACUGAGCAACUUCAUCGUUUUCUGUAGGAUGUCGCGCCGCAAGCAAGCUAAACCAAGAUCAUUGAAAGUAGAAGACAAUGUGACAGAGGAGCAGCACAGUCCUGGGCAGAGUGCGAUUCCGAGCGAUCCAGAGUGUUCUCUCGAGAGGGAAUUGGAGGAUGGUGAGGCUGAGGCCGGGUCUAGGCGUUUGAGGAAGAGGCUUCUCUCUCCAGAGGAAGGCAAGGAGGGGGAGGACGACGACGAGGAGGCCGCGCUGCACAGCUGCGACAGCUGCCGGCAGGUGUUCGAGUCGCUGAGCGAUCUCACCGAACACAAGAUUAAUCAAUGCCAGCUGACAGAUGGUGUUGAUCUCGAGGAUGAUCCUUCCUGUUCUUGGCCUGCAUCAUCUCCAUCCAGUAAAGACCAGACUUCCCCCGGCCACGGUGAAGACUAUGAUUUUGGCGAGGAUGAAGGGGGCCCCGGCCUGCCGUACCCAUGCCAGUUCUGCGAUAAGUCCUUCAGCCGUCUGAGCUUCCUGAAGCGCCACGAGCAGAGCCACGGUGACAAGCUCCCCUUUAGCUGCACCUUCUGCAGCCGCCUGUUCAAGCACAAGCGUAGCCGCGACCGCCACGUCAAGCUGCACACCGGCGACAAAAAGUACCACUGUGGCGAGUGCGACUCGGCCUUCUCACGCAGCGACCACCUCAAGAUCCAUAUGAAAACCCACGCCUCCAACAAGCCCCACAAGUGCCCUGUGUGCCGCCGGGGCUUUCUCUCCUCCAGCUCCCUACAUGGACACAUGCAGGUCCACGAGCGGGGCAAAGACGGUGGUGGCGGGGGGCCAGGUAGCGGCCUCUCCAGAGAGGAGUGGAAGCUGAAGGAGACGAGGAAGUGCAGCCGCUGCGAGGAGGGUUUUGAUGUCCCUGAGGAGUUGCAAAGGCACAUCGCUGAGUGCCACCCAGAGUGCUCUCCGUCGGAGGACGGGGGCCUGUGUGGCGCCUUGCAGUGCAUCUAUUGCCACGAGCCAUUCAGCGACGAGGGUGUCCUGCUGACCCACAUUGACCAGGCCCACAGCCGCGACCGCAAAGGUCACAACUGCGCCGUCUGCUCCGAGCACUUCCUCUCUGUGGAGGACCUCUACGCCCACAUGGAUGUCCACCAGCUCCCCGAAUCCAGUAACCACAGCAACAGCCCAUCCCUGCUCACUGUGGGCUACACCUCUGUCUCCAGCACCACCCCAGACUCCAACCUCUCCGUCGACAGCUCCACCAUGGUGGAGGCAGCCCCGCCCAUACCCAAGACCCGGGGGAGGAGAAAGAGGGCCGCCCAGCACACCUCACACGACAUUGGGGGCCGUUCGUCCAAGCAGCCCAAGAUUUCCUACAGCUGUAUCUACUGCAACAAGCAGGUGUUCUCUAGCCUUGCCGUGCUUCAGAUACACCUGCGGACCAUGCACCUUGACAAACCUGAGCAGGCACACACCUGUCAGUUCUGCCUAGAGGUGCUUCCCUCCCUGUUCAACCUGAACGAGCACCUGAAGCAGGUGCACAAUGCCGAGGACCAUGCCACCCUGCUGGGCAGCCUGCCUGACACCCUGCUCCAGUGUAAUUUCUGCACCGAGGUUUUAAGUGACCUCAACUCUCUUCAAGAACACAUCCGCUGCUCCCACGGCUUCCCCAGCCCCGUGGCCAAGGAGAGUAACGCCUUCUUCUGUCCCCAGUGUUUCAUGGGAUUCCUGACUGAGGCCACCCUGGAGGAGCACGUCCGUCAGACCCACUGUGACGGGGGCAGCCUGCGUUUCGACUCCCCUCUAGAGGUGACUCCCAAGGAGCCCAUUGUGGAGGUGUACUCCUGCUCCUACUGCACCAACUCGCCCAUCUUCAACAGCGUUCUGAAGCUGAACAAGCACAUUAAAGAAAACCACAAGAACAUUCCGCUGGCACUGAACUACAUCAACAAUGGAAAGAAGUCUCUGCGGACCCUCAGCCCUUCCUCACCCAUAUCGAUUGAUCAAUCUUUCCUUCAUGGUUCCUCCUCUCGCAGCAAUCGUGGCACUAGCGAGUUCAUCUGCAACCAGUGUGGGGCCAAGUACACCAGCCUGGACCUGUUCCAGACCCACCUGAAGACUCACCUGGAUGGGAUGCAGCCCCAACUCAACUGCCCCCAGUGCAACAAGGACUUCCCCAACCAGGAGUCCCUGCUGAAGCAUGUGACGGUCCACUUUACCAUCACCUCCACUUACUACAUCUGUGAGAGCUGCGACAAGCAGUUCACCUCGGUAGACGACCUGCAAAAACACCUGCUGGACAUGCACACAUUUGUGUUCUUCCGCUGCACCCUCUGCCAGGAAGUGUUUGACUCCAAGGUGUCCACCCAGCUCCACCUGGCUGUCAAGCACAGCAAUGAGAAGAAGGUGUACCGCUGCACAUCCUGCAACUGGGACUUCAGGCACGAGGCCGACCUGCAGCUGCAUGUCAAGCACAGCCACCUGGAGAAUCAGGGCCGGGCCCACCGCUGCAUCUUCUGUGGGGAGUCCUUCGGCACGGAGGUGGAGCUGCAGUGCCACAUCACCACACACAGCAAGAAGUACAACUGCCGCUUCUGCAGCAAGGCCUUCCACGCCAUCGUACUUCUGGAAAAGCACCUGAGGGAAAAGCACUGUGUGUUCGAGGGCAAGGCCCAGAACUGUGGUGCGAAUGGAUCCACCACCGGAGGAGCGGACCACCACCCGGCGGCCAAGGACGACGCAGAGCUACAGGGUCUCCUGUCCAACAGCCAUGGUGCAGGAGCGGCAGGAUCAGGAGGCGUGUUGGAGUCCCCAAACAACCACGAUGGGAGUGAGGAGGAGGUGGACACCGCUGACCCCUUGUUUGGGUGUGACAUCUGCGGGGCGUCAUACACCAUGGACUCACUCCUCACCAACCACCAGCUCCGAGACCACAACAUCCGCCCGGGCGAGAGCGCCAUGGCGAAGAGGAAGUCGGACAUGAUCAAGGGCACCCACAAGUGUAACGUCUGCCAGCGCACCUUCUUUUCAGAGGCAGGUCUGAGGGAACACAUGCAGACCCACCUGGGCCCCGUCAAGCACUACAUGUGUCCCAUCUGCGGAGAGCGUUUCCCCUCGCUGCUCACACUGACCGAGCACAAGGUCACCCACAGCAAGAGCCUAGACACGGGCAGUUGCCGCAUCUGCAAGAUGCCCCUGCAGAGCGAGGAGGACUUCAUGGAGCACUGCCAGAUGCACCCCGACCUGCGGAACUCCCUGACGGGCUUCCGCUGUGUGGUAUGCAUGCAGACCGUCACCUCCACCCUGGAGCUCAAGAUUCACGGCACCUUCCACAUGCAGAAGACAGGCACCAUGUCCACCAACCACCCCAUUGGCCGCACCACCAAUCUCGCCUCCCACCACCACAACCAGCAUCACCACCAACAACACCACCAGGCCAACCAGAAACUCUUCAAGUGUGCCUCGUGCCUGAAGGAGUUCCGCUCCAAAUCUGACCUGGUGAAGCUGGACAUCAACGGGCUGCCUUACGGGCUGUGUGCCGCAUGUGUCAGCGCCGCCGGCUCAAAGAGCUCCAGCCCCACGGUGAUGAAUGGAGGCAGGCAGCAGCAGCAGGGAGGGGGAGGAGCCACGACCCCAGCCAUGCCUGUAACAGCAUGGACCGCUCAGACGGAGAGACUCAGCCCCAGAGAGGGGAAAGGCAAGCCGCCCCAUUCAUCGUCAUCGCCCUCCUCCUCUAUUUCCUCGACCGCCACCAAGACACGGUGCACCAGCUGCAACGUGAAGUUUGAGUCGGAGGCUGAGCUGCAGAACCACGUCCAGACGGUGCACAGGGAGCAGGGAGGGGACAGCAACAGCGGGCAGCUCAGGACCCCACAAGUCUCCCCCAUGCCCAGGGCCAGCCCCUCACAGACUGAGGAGAAGAAGACCUACCAGUGCAUCAAGUGUCAGAUGGUCUUCUACAGCGAAUGGGACAUCCAGGUCCACGUGGCCAAUCACAUGCUAGAAGAGGGUCUGAACCAUGAGUGUAAGCUCUGCAGUCAGUCGUUCGACUCGCCAGCCAAACUCCAAUGCCACCUGAUCGAGCACAGCUUCGAGGGCAUGGGCGGCACCUUCAAGUGUCCAGUCUGCUUCACAGUAUUUGUCCAGGCCAGUAAGCUCCAGCAGCACAUCUUCUCAGCCCAUGGCCAGGAGGAUAAGAUAUACGACUGCUCCCAGUGCCCACAGAAGUUCUUCUUCCAGACAGAGCUACAGAACCACAUGUUGACUCAGCACAGCAGUUAACCAGGCAGAUUAUCAGUGGACCUGAGGAGGAGAGGAGAACCAUACGGCGAGGAGGAGAAUCAUGUCUGACCCGGUCGGUCCUCCAGCCACCUUCAGUGCAAUAUCCCACUGGCUCUUUUGCACUGAACUUUGGAUUCAGUUCACAUCGGGAAGAAACAUGUCACACAAAAAGAAAAAAGACGGAUGAAAGACAGAGGGGUGAAAAAAGACGGAUGAAAGACAGAGGGGUGAAAAAAGACGGAUGAAAGACAGAGGGGUGAAAAAAGGACAGAAAAACUUAGCUCUGGUCUUUGACUGGUUGUUAUUUCAACAAAACUGGCCAACUAUCUUUGUAAAUAGAAAUUGUUCAUGUGUUGCUUAAUAACUUCAGCUAUAUUGCAGUCUUAUACAGUAUUUGCCAUUGUACAGUUCUGAACCGUUUGUCCCCAAAAAAAGAACUAGAAAAAAAUGACAAUGCCACUGUCAGUCAGAAGAGGUGGAAUUCAUCAACAAUGUGUUGGUGAAACAGGGUGCCAAUGUGGGGGUAUUAUUAUGUAGGGAACAGGAAGUUGUGGUAUGGUCAGUCAGGACCCUUUUCAUCAGUGCCCAUUUCCUGUAUGUGGACACUAUCCUGACCUGGUCACUCGUUACUGAAGUGGGUAGCGGGGUGCUUGAUCACCAAACCUGACAUUGUGACAUCACGGGUCUUAUUCCAACAUGGCUGUCCUUCUAGAAGACCAGCUGAGGACUGAAUGGUGCAUUUAAUCUGGUCCUCCUGCCUGUGCAAGUUCGAAUGAAAGGAGGAGAAAAAAAGAAGGAAAAACAGGAUAGGGUUCUGAUAUAUGCAAAAGCAGUGACACAGAUUUGGAAAGGCCAGCUAGCUCCUCUGGUUGGCACGGGAACAGAGGCAUCGUGAACCCCCUGUGUCUCCUAGAGCAUUAUGGGGGGGGGGGGGGGGAUCUCCAGCCCACUGAUUUAAACCUGUACAAUUCUGUUAUUAAUGUUUACUGCUCGUUCAAGCCUGGAGAUUACUGGAAUUUUUUUCUUCUCGUUUUUGUUAGCUCUUUGUAUUUUAGAUUUUUUUUGCAAUGGGGAAGACAUCCAUUUUGAUUUGGGGUUGUUGUGGAGACUAUACAUGUAUUACGUCUCUCUGUAGGGAUGUGCUUAUGAAACUUAUGUCCUGGGCUCUCCUGAAGAGUUCCCAACUUAUCCCCUUCCUUCCUCGUUUCCUGCGGUAUCCCAUUGCUCUGCUCUCUGCUCAAGCUGGAAGCCAUUGUGGCGUUAUUAUACACCAAUAUAAAUCAAUCUGUUACAGAUGUAGGAUCUUAAUUUGACCAGUUUUACAGCAGGAAAAUCAUUCCGCAGCAACAGGAAAUGUGAAUUAUUGUGUGGAUUAUAAUUCUUUACCAUUUUUGUAGCAGUUGAUACAUUUUUUGGUGAGGAAAAAUCUAUUCAAAAUCAAGACAAAAUCAAGACAAACUUUAGAAGCCUUUUUAAAUCUCGAGUACAUUACAAGAUUUCAUUUCCUGAUAUGCAGGACAUUUCCUGCAACAACAAGGUGAUUAAAUUAAGAUCCCACAUCUGUAAAUGUUUUUGCAUUCAUUGAACCUGAGAUGCACUUUUGUAUGAAACUUUAAUGUUUUGACCUUUUGAUUGAGAAUUGUUCAUACUCAGUUUACAGGAAACUAACCACCAUCUCCUGCUGCAGCAAAAGGACAGUUCUCUUCUCUGAUGUUAUUCAAAUGUUAUUGUACAAAUAUGGAGUUCUGUAUUUGGCAGACCUCAUUUUUGUGUUGCACAUGUGAUAAAAUAUUAAACAUGUAUGAGAAAACGGC